UGAUGAAAAUAAAAAUAUAGAAAGCCUCAAGAUCAAAAUAUAAAAGUAUAAGCUCUUCUGAGAGAGCUUUAAUAAUAAAUUAUAUUGAAGAAUACAAAUACUCUACUUCACAUGUAAAAUUUUAUGUGAUAUUGUCAAGGUUUCUAUGAUAACAGGUCACAAUGCCUCAACAAUAAAAGCGAUAUAUUCAGUUUAUAAAAAACAAGGUAGGAUAAAUAAGAAAGCAAAAAGGGAUAAGAUUUUGAAUUUAACCUUUGGAAUAAUAUUGUUUGUAGUUGAUGAUAUGUAUAUAUAUAUAUAUAUAAUGCAGACAAGGAAACUUGACUAAAAUUAGUAUGGAUUCAUAAGAAUCUUAGCAUUAAAUAAUAGAAGAAGGGCAAUUCAAAUUAUCAACUUGUCAUGAAUAAGCCAUCAAAAAAAAUUUAGAAUAAAACAAACACAAAAUAAUUAGCCUUCUGGAUAAUGCCACAUCAUUAGAUACUUUUAAUAGAGAAGUGAAUCUCAUUACAUAGUAAGAAUAUCCCAGCGAAUAGUUUUCUUCCUUAAAACUUUUAUCACAUUCUAGUAGGAGAGAAUAAGCCAAUUUCAAAAUGAAUAACAAUUUUAGAUCUUUUUUUGGCUUAUUCUCAGAAAAUUAAGAGGAUUUGGCAAAAGAUGGAGAUAGCAAGUCAAUUAUUGUGAAAAAAUUACAUGAAUAAUAUGAAUUAAUGAAAAUGUGA